AUUUUCCAGCCCGUGCGGUUCAAAUGCGUCGAAGGGUCCGGUGUCCGCCACGCUAGUUUGUGACUUAAUUUUUACUUUUUCGUGGGUGACGGUGAUGUUGGAAAUAAUUUUUAUGUAAAGUCUUAUUGGCUGUGAAGCCCGUGGCGAAGUGCCAAGCUUCUGUACCGGCAUUUAUCAGCGUGAGGGCGAGUUUUGCGUCGCGCCAGUUACUCUGACGAAUAUGGCCGGGAACGACGGUGGCAACAACCGGAUCGCCGACCUGAUGCAGGGUAACCAGCUGACUUUCGGCGGCUUCGGCAUCGCCAGCUGGCGCGCCGACAGCGAGGCUGGCUUCCAGGUCUACGUGGACGACGAGGCGCCGCAGCCGGCCGCGCCGCGCGCCGCCAAGGUGUACCGCGCGCCGGCAAACGACGAGAACCGGCCGCCGGCCGAGCUGCGGCCGCGCGCCAAAACCUACAGCCAGGCGGCGGCCGUCUUCACUGACAAGGAGAACCAGGCGCCGGCGGCGCGGCCGCCGCUCGGCGCCGCCUCCUGCAGCUUCCAGGUGUACACGGACCCGGAGGAGGCGCCGCCGGCGCCGCGGCGGGCCAAGACCUACGGCCAGGCGGCUGCCGGCGCGCCGCAGCAGCCGGCCGGCCGGCAGCCGCUGGCCGCGCGGCCCGACCCCGAGCGGCCGGCGCGCGCCCAGCAGCGCAAACAGAAGCUGCGCCAGCGGCCGCUGGAGGAGCAGCAGCACAACACCAAGCGGGCGGCGCUGCAGCCGCUGCCGGUGGUGCCGCCGGCCGGCCGGCUACCCUGCCUGUUCUCCAUCUACCAGGACCCGGAGCCGGCGGGUGCGGCCGCGGCGGCCCCCGCUACCGCCUGGCCGGCGCCGCCGGACGUGCACGAGGCGCUGCUGCGGCCGGCUCCUAGCGCCUCGGCCUCCGCCGCAGUCCUGGAGCCGGCCGUGCUGUACGAGGCGCCGAUGGCCUCACCCGAGUCGCUGCACUCAUCACUGGACAGUAUCAGCAUCAGCCCGCGCCGCGGCCGGCUGGACGCGCUCUUCUCGUACGAGGAGUACGCUGCCGACCUGUACCUGAUUAUGCGCCAGUUGGAGCUGGAGCACCGCGCCCGGCCCGACUUCAUGUCUCGCCAGCCGGACAUAACGGUCACGAUGCGCUCCAUCCUGGUCGACUGGCUGGUGGAGGUCAAUGACGAGUACAAGCUCAACUCGGAGACGCUCCACCUGGCGGUCAACUACAUCGACCGCUUCCUCAGUGUGAUGACGGUGGUGCGCGCCAAGCUGCAGCUGGUCGGCACCACGGCGCUCUUCAUCGCAUCGAAAUUCGAGGAGAUUUAUCCGCCGACGGUGAAGGAGUUUGUCUACAUCACCGACGACACGUACACGGACACCCAGCUGAAGCGCAUGGAGCACGUGAUGCUGAAGAUGCUGGCGUUCGACAUGUCUGCGCCCACCUCCAAUUGGUUUCUCAACUAUUUCAUAGAUAACGGCGGCGCCGGAGAGGACACCGUCAGGCACCUGGCUCAGUUUCUGGUGGAGCUGACGCUGGUCCAGUACCCGAUCUGUAACAAGUACGUCAGCUCGGUACAGGCGGCGUCGGCACUGUGUGUGGCGCGCUUCUGCUGCGGCCACGUGCCCUGGACCCCGGCGCUGGAGCGGCUCACUGGGCUGGGCCGGGAGCAGCUCCGGCCGUGUGUCCAGGAACUGGUGGCCGUGUACCAGAUGGCGCGCGACCUACCGCAACAGGCCGUGAUCGAUAAGUUUUCCAAGGACAAGUUCCUGAGCGUGGCGCAGCUGGAGCCGCCGGCCGCGUUCGUCUGGGACUGAGGGAGCGCGGUCAGCCGCCAGUCUCUGAUCUCACGCGUUUCACUCACGGUACUCAACCCGCUACUUACCCAGCCCGGCCGGGCGGUGCCCCGUGCCGUUUUAGCCUCCGACCCAGCGCCGUACGGCUGUACGGCGCCGCACGCGAAACGACCUCCACUCCGCGACCGCCGGCCGCCCGCCGGCGCCUUCACCCGCUGCCGCUUCUCAUGACUGUCGCCGUGUGUUUCAGACAAAUGGUUUUACGCUACGCAUGUCGACGUGUCGAUGCCUGUCUCGUUUUAGAGUGAGUGUUUAGCUCGUGCGCAUGUGUCGUGCCGACCGAGACAGCCCCGGUCGGCGGGGCGCCUUUUUAGCUGAGAACUUUAGUGCAAGGAGCGUUGUUUGGCUGCCCAGUGCAGUCUGACCCCAUUGGACUCAGAGUGGCUCUCACUUACGGCCUAUCGGUCACACAGUGAGAUGCGCUAUAGCCAGGGAGUCGAUCGAUUCAAAGUGCAAAUCCCCUUGUUUGCGCCGUGGUUGUAUGGUUAAACUGUGGUGUACAUACGAAUUUGCUACAAAAUAUAAAUGUGAGAGUAUUA